CGGACGAAGCAGUCGUGGAAGAAGAGGCGGAGGGUGGCCGGGGCAGUGACGAAAGUCUGCUGGAACUUUGCCCGGACGGCGGAGCGGACUAGUGACUCCACGUUGGGGCAGCUGUUCUGGUAGAAGUUAGGAGAUAGCUGUGCCUGUGCCGACGAGACAAGAAGAAGAAGAAGGGGCGCGAGAAGGAGGAUGGGAAGACGCGUAUCCAUUCUCU